AUGGUCGAGGAAAUCAACAACAGUAGUCUGCUCUUGCCGAACGUCACCGUGGGAUUCCAGAUCUACGAUGCUUGUACCAAUGAACUAAUAGCAUUGAAGAGCACGAUGAAUAUACUAUCGGGUUCUAAUGAGCCAAUUCCUAAUUACACGUGUCAAAGCAAGAGCAUGGUGUCGGCUUUCAUCGGACAUUUUCUGCCCUCAGUUACAAAAGCCGUUGCGAGUCUGACCCAAGUAUAUAGGUAUCCUCAGAUAAAUGAUUACAUGGAAAAUACUCACAUUAGAGCACCCGAUGGAGAAGUUAUAUUCAGCUAUGAGAAAGGAGACCCUCACGGCCGGUUUGAUAUAGUGAACUGGGUAGUAUUUGAAGAUGGAUUGCUUCUCAAAAACCUAGUGGGUCAUUUUUUCUCGUUGACUCCUGAACAACUUCUAAUUAACAAAAGCGUUGUAAUUUGGCAUCCAGAUUUUACACAGAUUCCGAAAUCUGUGUGCAGUGAGAUCUGCCCCCUUGGAUUCCGAAAGAUGUUUCAGAAUGAAAGACCCCACUGCUGCUAUGACUGCAUCCCAUGUUCUGCAGGAGAAAUAGCAAAUGUGACCGGAAUGGAUAAUUGCAUAAGGUGUCCAGAAGAUGAAUGGCCAAAUCCAUCGAGAACGCAAUGCAUAAAGCGACUGGUGGAUUUCCUUUCAUACGAAGACCACCUUGGGAUAGUGUUCACGUGUUUAUCUGCUUUACUCUGUACAAUUACCACCGAAGUACUUUGGCUGUUUGUAAAGCACAGAUGUUCUCCCAUCGUGAAAGCCAACAAUCGGAAUCUUAGCUAUGUCUUGCUUGUUUCAAUAAUGCUAUCAUUUCUCUGCUCUUUGUUGUUCAUCGGCCGGCCUUGGGGCAUCACCUGCCUCUUGAGGCAAGUUAUGUUUGGCUGUAUUUUCUCUGUUGUUAUUUCUUCAGUCCUUGGUAAAACACUGACCGUGGUCCUUGCUUUUAACGCCUCGAAACCUGGAAGCAAGUUAAAGAAAUGGUUGGGAUCCAGGCUGUCGAUCAGCUUAGUACUUUUCUCGUCAUUAGGAGAAUUUUUGAUCUGCAUUACUUGGUUGAUAACUGCCCCGCCAUUUGUUGAACAUGAUACAAAGACGACCACCGCUAUGAUCAUCAUACAAUGUAAUGAAGGGUCCAUCGUAGCCUUAUGCCUUGCAAUGACAUACAUUGGUGCACUUGCCCUAUUAAGCUUUAUGGUCGCCUUUAUGGCUCGGAAGUUGCCAGAUACAUUUAACGAGGCUCAGUACAUUACGUUCAGCAUGCUGGUGUUCCUCAGCGUCUGGAUCACAUUUAUCCCCGCAUAUCUAAGCACCAAAGGCAAAUACAUGGUGGCUGUUGAGAUAUUUGCUAUAUUAGCAUCUACUGCGGGAAUACUUGGCUGCAUCUUUAUACCAAAAUGUUACAUCAUAUAUUUUAAACCUGAACUCAACACCAAAAGACAUUUAAUGAAAAUAAGAGCCAGAAGAAAUGUAAGGAGAUAA